GGUGGCCGAUGUAGCGUCGCUCAAGCGAGGCGGGCAACCAGUGCCGCACCAGUGUUCUUCAAGGCGGCAAGAGUGGACGAGCUGAGUCUGAACAAACCAUUGAUGGAGGCCGUCAAGGAAGCCCAGACGCUCUGUCCAGGCCAACGGAUCGACUGUCUUAUCUCCCUGGGCGCUGGCAAGGGUCUACACAACGGCUCGGGCUCGAUUGCACACGCUUGUUCCAAAAUGGGAGAGUCGUCCAAACGGGUUGCCCGCAAAGUCAAGGCCAGAGCUGCACAGGAGGGAUGGUCGGCCAGCUACUUCAGGGCCUCUGUCAAGGGCCUGAAAAACAAGGAUAACCAAGGAGAGUGGGAGAACCCGGACUGGGUGAAGGCCGGGACAAUCAAGUAUCUGUUCAUUGAUGCACGUAGCCAAUUCGUCCGACACCUGGAUAAUUUGAUCAAUGGCAACCCCUCCCGACCACAAUCCAGCUCGCUGGGAGGGAUUCCUCCCGAAAAGCUAGGAUGGGAUGAAUACCCUCUUGUUGGGAGGGGGGGCGGAUAUCCGCGGGUAUCCGCACGGAUACACGCCAGGGCCAGCGGGUAUCCACCAGCGGAUGCGGAUGUGGGUGCGGAUGUCCGAUUCUGCUGA